AGCAUGCCUCAGUCGAAUUUUAUCCCUUGCAUAGAAUACAACAAUUGCAUACAUGGGAAACAUAUAUAUUUAUGAUAUUCUUAAAUUGUGAUAAUAUUCAGUACAAUGUAUUAAUUGAACUGUGUAAGUAAAUAAGCUCAAGAUAAGCAUACUCAUAUUUACUGACUCACAUUUGCUGGAAGUCUUCAAAAAUGGUUCCGGAGGAGGAAAGUGUUGAAAGCCUAAUGGCACAAUUUGGAACUACGGGGAAGUAUCAGACCAGACAAUAUAUUCUACACUUCUUUGUUGCCUUUCUUUCUGGACUGCACAUGUUCUCCUUGACCUUUAUCGCGGCCACACCUCGUCAUAGAUGCUACAUCCAAGAACUUGACGCUGGACUAGCAGACAACAAUAAUGUCUCACUUUUUGAGAAAGAGAUUUUAUCCCGAUACAUUCCCAUCAAGGCCGAUGGAGAAUUAGAUUCGUGUCACCGAUACUCUGCUGAGCUGCCCUUUGACAACGGCAGCGUCGAUGCCAAAACGACGUCGAGGUUGGUGGAGCAGUGCAAUGGACAGUUUGUAUAUGACACAUCAAUUUAUCAACAAUCGCGAGUCUACGAUUUCCACAUGGUCUGCGAAAACAAAUGGAAGAGAGCUUUCAUACAGUCUAUUUACGUUUUCGGAGUAUUUAGUGGAGCCUUAUUUUGCGGGUCUUUGUCUGACAGAUAUGGGAGGAAAAUUGUGCUCUGCGGUUCUGGAAUUUUACAAUUUGUUUUUGCAAUUGCCCAGCCUUAUUUCACCAACUUUGUGCUGUACAGUGGAUCGCUGUUUUUCUACGGGAUGUUUGGUUCAGCUGGAGCGUAUGUCACAGCAUUCGUCAUGUCAAUGGAACUCGUGCACAAGAGCAAUCGGACAUAUUGCGGAGUCAUUUUCAACUCGAGUUUUGCCGUCGGAGCAUGUUUUGUUGCUAUCUAUGGAUAUUUCAUCCGUGAUAUUUGGCUUCUUCAAACCGUGUAUGCCAUGCAUGCUGCUGUAUUGUUAGGCUACUGGUUCCUCGUAGAUGAGUCCAUUCGUUGGUUGUGGACUCAAAAGAGAGUCGAAGAGGCUGUGAAGAUUGCAAAUAAUGCGGUGAAACUUAAUGGAGGAUCAUUUUCCAAUAAUUACAAAAUCCCUCAAACACAUUCGACAGUCCAACCGCAAGGAAGCAAGUUUGGUUUGUCAGACUUGUUUCGACUCCCAAUUAUGAGGUUCAGAGCCAUAAUUACAGCCUUCAAUUGGUUCGCGAUUUCCUUAUGUUUUUAUGGCCUGGCUUUCAACAUGGAAGGUCUUACUGGAGACCCUCGUUCUUCGUUUCACCCGUACCUGGUGUUCCUGAUUUUGGCAUUUGCAGACUUGCCAGGUUUUUUGCUGGUUGCUCUCCUCUUUAACAAAACUGGUAGAAGACCUUUGAAUUCGACUCUACUUUGUAUUGGAGGUGUGGUUUGCAUUGUAACCACAGUCAUUCCACGCGGUAUGCUGGUCCGGACGGGGUUGGCUAUCCUUGCCAAGGUUAUUUUGGCAUGUAAUUUUGCCAUCAUCUACAGCUAUACCGCUGAAUUGUUUCCAACGAUGGUGAGAAAUUCUGCGCUUGGAUUGUGUACAAUGUCCUCCAGGUUGGCUGGGACCCUGGUGCCACAAAUCACUCUGUUGAAUUCCAUUGAUAAAUCCAUUCCAUCGCUUGUCUUUGGAGGAAUAGCAGUUUGUGCCUCAUUCGCUUUUCUAUUUCUUCCCGAAACUCUGAACAAAGAGUUGCCGCAAACAUUGGAAGAUGGAGAAAAUUACAACAAGGAUGACACCGCAUUCAACACUUUGUGCAAUCAAACUCGCGACAGUCGAAAAAACAUGCAGAUGAAUUCAGAAGUUCAUGACAAGAUGUUGGUCGAAUAAUUAAAUUUAGCUGAUCAAAUAUUACUAAUUAUUUAAGUGCUGUGUUGUACAUUUGUUUUUGAGAAAUGCGUGAUAAAUAUAUUUUGUUUGAUACAUACA